GAUACGAAACUUGCUUCGAACAUUUGGUAUUAUCUUUACCUCUCCGAUUCCUUUGCAUUGUGACAGCAAGUCUGCGAUCUAUUUGGCCGCUAACCCAGUCUUCCAUGAGCGUACAAAGCAUGUCGAGAAUGAUUGUCACUUUAUACGAGAUGAGAUAGUCAAAGGUGUUAUUGCUACCAAACAUGUUUCUACCCAUUCUCAACAUGCGGACAUUUUCGCUAAGCCUCUUGGACGUAAAGGAUUCGAUGAUUUUCUUCCCAAGUUGGGAGUUCUUGAUCUUCACUCUCCAACUUGAGGGGGGGGGGGGGUAUUAGAGGAUAUAUACAAAUAUGUUAAUAUGUAUUCGGAUAUAUUCAAAUAUGUAUAUAUUCCUGUAAUCUAGAUGUGCAUAUCUUCUGCUAUUAGGAAACUUCGUACGUAUAUAUACUUUGGUCUUUUGACCUUGAUCAAUACAAGAAAUCCUUUAUACGAUACUAGGUUUCUUGACAAAGUCAAAGAUCUUCAUAGGUUUUAAUGCAAUCUCAAAAUUUCUAGCAUACCAAAAAAAUAUAAAAAAUAAAUAAAAAAAAAACUAACAGUUUUUGGUUCAAGCUCUUCAGUUGGAGAAAGAGGCAGAAGCUAAAGGCAUUCAAGCUGUGGACAUAGAAAUUCCACCUCCUUGUCCUAAAAGAAAACCCAAUGCUCCUUAUCCUCGGAAACCUGGCCCAUCAGCAAAACUUGUAUCUUCUUCACAUUGUAACCAGGGGUUCUUGGAUGUGCCGAGUUCUCAGGUUUAUUCCUAAUUUUUUUGCUCUUCAUUCUAUCAUUUUUUUUUUCAUUCCUUGUGAUAGUAGAUUUGUUAUACUUUUAUUUUAUGGUUAGAAAACAUCAACUGGGAAAGAAAAUCAAGAUGAGAACUGCUCAGGGGUGACCAAGUAUCCCUUACCAAAUAAUGUAACUCCAACGUUAAAAAGGUAUAAGACUGCAGUAUUUUGAAGUUCAGUAGCAUGAAAACUUGAAAAGAAACAAAACAAAAAAAGCAACUCGUUUCAUUCUUAUUUUUGAGCAGGCAAGUGCCGAUAAUGAAACAAGCAAGGCCUCAAAUGUGGACAACAACAUGGUUCAAGAGAAGAACAAGGACAGAGAUGAUGAUGAUGAUGGUAUGCACAGCGCAAGGGAGCAUUUUCCGGUGGACUUUGUAAACGGAAAUGUGGCAAAAUACCCUCAGUUCCAUCCCCCAGGUAUGGUAUCUCCAGACUUAAUGUUUUGUCCUAUGGGAGACCUAGUUCAUGUGAAUCAUCCAGCUACAAGAGCAUCAUCAUCAUAUGCUACUACUAGUACAACUUCUCAACAAGCCUUUCCAGCAUGCCCUUCCCAAGAUGAUUACCGUUCGUUUCUCCACAUGUCUUCUACUUUCUCCAAUCUUAUCAUGUCAACUCUCCUACAGAACCCUGCAGCUCAUGCUGCAGCCACACUCGCUGCUUCGGUCUGGCCCUAUACUAAUAAUGUUGGAGAUUCAUCAACGCAAAUGAGCUCUUCUCCUCCAAGUAUAGCAGCCAUUGUUGCUGCUACCGUAGCUGCUGCAACUGCUUGGUGGGCUUCUCAUGGACUUCUUCCUCCUACUCCACUCCACUUACCAGUUCCAACUCCAAAUGAUCAACUAAUUGAGAAACAAAGCACAGCCUUUCAAGAUCAAAACAUGGCUUCAUCAUCCGACGAUUCAGAGGAGACUGGAAUUACCAAGCUAAAGGCUGAGAAGGAGGAAGUUGUUGUGGCUGCUGCUGCUGUUGUGCAAGAUUCUCAGAAGAAAAAUCCAGUGGACCGCUCAUCGUGUGGAUUAAACACACCUUCAGGGAGUGACGCGGAAAUAGACGCAUUGGAUAAAAUGGAGAAAGAAAAAGAGGCAGGUGUUACUAGUGAGUUAAGCAACCGUCGGAGUAAAAUCAACAACAACAACCAAACUACUGAUUCAUGAAAGGAAGUCUCUCAAGGGGUAAUAAACACAAACAAUGUUAUUUCAUAUGCAUUUGCAAAGUUUUUCUCUGGAAACUAAUAGGUAGCAUAUUAUUGAAAUUCUUUUUGGUCUCAGGGUCGUAUAGCGUUUCAGGCU